AAGGUCACGUCAUGCUUAUCACCACGCAACCUUUGGAAACAUCGGCAAUUAUCGCCAAAACAAAAGAUGAUGUUCUGAUUGGCUGAUUGGCUAUAAACACUUUAGACCAGAAAGAGGUUCUCUCGCAUUUGUAAUGAACGUUGAUAUCGGGCAGUGUACAAGACUACCAGCGAGAAAAUCAACUUACGACAUGGCUCUGCCCGUAGAAAGAAAGCAUUGAGGAUAAUUCUCUAAUUAGCAGACUUUUUUCAGCUUUGACUCGUCGGAAUGAUUUCUGAAACGUUGGAGGGAUGGCUGACCAUUUUAGCCGAGGACGGAAGCGAAUGGCUGAGCCGAUUAUGCGUUCUCUUCGCAAACGAGAAGAAACUGAGGUCGUUUAUCGAUGACAUAGAAUAUCUUGAUUGUGCUCGGUUUUUGGCGGCCACAGCUAAAAUCAAGGCCAAACUUUGCGACAAUUCUGAUCUUAUCUUGAAUCCAACACACGAAGGCCUCUCCCGCGCGCACCGUUUGUCUCGGAGGAGCCGUUCUGAAAACGCCUUGUCAGCAGCACUGAACGGAAACCGCUCUAAACUAAGUGACUUCUUUACCAAGAAAAUUACUGAUGGAAAACGCCACCGUUCAUUGACAAGAAGUUUGUUUUUACCCGGAACGAACAAUAGUGAUAGCGGGUUUUCGAGCCUGAGUCCUCCGACGAUUCCGAGAUGGCGAUCGCAAGAAACAUUGGAUAGCAAAAUGAAAACAACAUCAUCAGAAAGCGUGGACCUGUCAAUCAGUGGUCACGUGACAGUCCGUCCCAUCCAUCCAAGCAUUCUCUCAAGGCAGCACUGCUUUCAAGUAACCACGCCUCAUGAAACCAAGUACUUCUCGUGUCGAAGCUCACAGGAACUCGAAAAAUGGGUUGUGAGCAUCAAAAAAUCGAUCCAGCCAACAAGAGAUGUACAAUACAGGACGGAUAUCGGUCUAACAGUGUGGAUUGUGGAGGCCAAGGGUCUGACUGACAAACCUAAACGACGGUUUUAUUGUGAGCUGUUUUUCGACAAGGUUCUCUAUGCCAAAACGUCCUCCAAGACGAAGUCCGAUAUUCUAUUCUGGGGAGAGAAUUUUGCUUUCAAUGAUUUACCAGAAGUGAAGACUGUUACAGUCCAAAUCUACAAAGAAACCGAUGGCAAAAACAAGAAGGACAAAAGAAAGCCUGUUGGCUCCGUGGACGUACCCGUCGACUCGUUGGAAAUUGGUGUCGAGGUAGAGAAGUGGUAUCCCGUUACCAUGGAAAGCAACAAGACCAAUGGAGGAGAAUCUUCCAGUGUCAGACUUCGAUUUAAAUACCAGAAGGUCUCCAUCCUUCCAGUCAAGAGUUAUAGUGAACUGCUAGAGUAUUUGAAUCGCAACUACAUGACAAUCUGUAAAGCUUUAGAGCCAGUGGUCAGCGUCAAGCAAAAGGACGAGAUUUCCAGAGUACUUUUGAAAAUACUACAAGCCUGUGGAAAAGCGACGGAGUUUCUCUCAACUAUUGUUAUGGACGAAGUCAACAAUCUGGAGGACGAAAACCUCGUAUUUCGUGGUAAUUCCUUUGCAACCAAAGCAAUGGACUCAUACAUGAAAAUGAUUGGCGAAUCAUAUCUGCAAGACACCCUUGGUGACUUUGUUCAGUCCGUGUAUGAGUUUGAAGAGGACUGUGAGGUCGACCCAUCAAAGAAAUCAUCCGGGAACCUCGAAUCCAAUAAAGAGAAUCUAAAGAAUUUCGUAGAGAAAGCAUGGAACCUGAUCAUGUGUUCUGCUUGUCUCUUUCCUAGCGAUCUUCAAAUAACCUUCCACGAAUUCCGUCGUUGGUGCGAAGGUAGAAGUGAAGAUCUGAGUACAAAAUUAAUCAGUGGAUCAAUCUUCCUGCGAUUCUUGUGCCCAGCUAUUUUAUCACCCAGCUUAUUCCAUUUAGUACAAGAAUAUCCUAACGAGAGAACCUCAAGAGCUUUAACACUGAUAGCCAAAGUAGUCCAAAAUUUGGCUAACUUUACCAGAUUUGGUGGAAAGGAAGAAUACAUGGGCUUCAUGAACGGAUUUGUGGAGAAGGAAUUCGUAAACAUGAGAAAGUUCCUUAGUGAAAUAUCUUCAAGAACAGACACCACAGAGAAUAAUUAUGAAGGAAUCAUCGACAUCGGACGAGAACUGGCUCUUAUGUUCAACAUGUUGAAAGAUCAAACCAGCAAGAUGAACCAGGAUGCCUUGGAGACGCUUCGCCCGUUACAGUUUAUCCUCAAAUCUCUGCAGGAGACUUAUCAUGAUUCCGAAAGGAAAUUCGCUCUUGGCAAUGAAAGCCUGGUAGCUCACAGGAAGUGGGCCUCAUCCUCGGACCUUGUGAGUGACCAAGACAAAAACAACAUCACUCUUACUCCCGUGUCACAAAUAAGGAUCAUGAAAUCACCGAACAAAAGGACUCAGAGUCCCCCAAUCACAUCAUCUUCGGAAUCUAACCUUGUUGACACUGGGAGCACGACGGCGGCGAUCCCCGAACACUUAACGAUUUCUCGUUACGACGAGUCUAUUUUGUCGCCCAUUUCCGAUAUCGAUCCUCCGAACUUAUCCCCGCGACUACGAGCGACCUACGACGAUAAUUUACAAAGCAGUCUUCGCCGAAGAUCGUAUCGGAGAGCGAUCGCAUCCGAUGAGGUAAGCACAGCCAUUCCUGGUGCAAUUGAGCGAGAACGAAGCUCGUCCGAAAGACGUUCGCUGACUAGAAAUUUGGAUUCACAUCGGCGAUCGCAAUCAGAAAGCCCCCAUGUCAUUUCAAGUAUGGAUGGUGGGAGUCCUAAUGAAGCACGAGUUAUUUACCAAGGAGAACUAUCAAACUCGAGAUCGAGUCUUAAAUCAAAAGAGGGCGCAAACCACAGACAUUAUAGAGCUGUUCAUGAUUCGCGCCAAAGGAACGGCAAAGAAGGAAGCUUAAAACGAAGAUCGCUGCCUCCUGGUAACUCGCCGGUAAUAACGGAUCGAUCUCGAACUUCGUCACCCGAGCAUCCGGCCCCCCCGAGACCGACUGCGCCAAAGCCAAAGUCUGUGGAGUCCCCUCGCUCCUCCCCUCAUCCAAACAACAAUGACUCCUCAAGGUUCCUCAAUCCCACCGUGGGUCGUGUGGCUCGCAGUCCUUCAGGGACAAGUAGCAGUUCCAGUGGAAGCGAGGAGAGUUGGCAUAGUGUUGGGAGUAGCGUGGAAGGAGUGGGAGGGGGAGGUGGACUAAGCAGGCGGAGAGCAAGAAAGAUGCCACGGACUCCCAGUCCAGAAGACACGAGUAGGGGAUCUAGCAGUCCCUGGGAGAGAAUGCCGCCCCGAGCUGAGGACACAUUUGAAAAUGGAUAUGACGUUCCGCCACCAAAAACCAUAGCAGAGUAUGAGAAAGAACUGCAAGAUCUUCGAGAAGAGCUGUUGCAAACGAAGAGAACGCUGGCGUCGACCCACGAACAGCUCAUCUUACAAGAAUCCAGCACACACAAGCUGGUAGCAUCCUUCAAGGAGAGACUGGCGGAGAGCGAAAGCAGUCUACAACAACUGAGACACGAAAAAGACAAAGAAAUGAAAGAGUUACUCGACCGCUUGGUGAGCGUCGAGACGGAACUACGCCAAGAACAUAAAGAAAUGCAAGAAGUGAUUCAGGCCAAACAGGUCAUAAUUGAAGCUCAAGAAAGAAGAAUCAAAUCAAUUGACUCGAACAAUGCCAAGUUGAUCGCCACUUUGAACCAGGUUGGAGGUUCACGAGCGAACAACAAAGUGCUGAAUUAUCCAAGCAGUGACCUCUAGUAAGUGGAGGCCUGAUGACGGGUGGCAAGAAUUCAAGGCCCCAGGGACCCACAAUAUAAAUGUCCAACGGAUACAUGGAGUCAUCGUUUUGUGCAAAGAUGUGGCUUUUAGGAGAUGACAGUCUCAAUGGGCAUGAAAUAUGAAUGCCAAUGAAAUACGUAACGAAAUGCUUGACAAACUUUCGAUCAUUUACCUCGUGUCCAGGCUCUCUGGGCCCAUUUUGCCCUUUGAGAAAGCGUUAGUAACCCUGCGUAAUUAAAUGCAGACGUCCAAAAUCAGAUCAGUUGUCUGAUCUUAUUUCAAGUUGCAAACACCUUCAAAGAAGUAUACUGAGAGUUUUCAAACAAUUUUUUAGUGGAAAUUGAACAAAAAAUUUAGUGUUUAUAUGGGAAUACGAACUACAUUUAAGUUUGUGUACAAUUCCUUUUUACUAUAUUUCUAUUUAUUAAACUAGAUAUACCCUUUAAUCACAUUUGUUUGUACUAAUGAACGUAGUCGUGUACAAUUGUCUCAAUAAUUUAGCCGUUCAAGCUCUUACAGAAAGCAAACAUUUAGAUCAGAAGUGCUACAUAUUAUUCAAGUUCAACUUGACAAGGAAUACAAAUCAGAAAACUUAAGAUCCGUAAAAUAAAUGCAAAAAUCCAAGAGAAAAUGAAUUUGAAAAGAAGGGAGAGUUUUGUCUUUAUCUCUCUGUGUAGAAAUUGUGAAGUAAUAUUAGUUUAAAGUAACAAAUAAAUGGUUUAUGGAUAAAUUUAAUAAAGAUAUUGCUUACAGAGA